AUGAUUCACUUUUCUCUCUUCCCAAGGUCAAACUCCCAAUGUUUGAUGGCACAGAAGCUCUAUUUCACUGUUCACCAAACCACUGAACCCAACAAGCUGAAGCUCUCACAAAUGUGUGUGGAAGGUCCAGCUCUCAACUGGUUCACUACCCUGUUAUUCCAGCAUCCCCAGUCAACAUGGGAACAAUUCAAGGCUAAACUUUUUAUUCGAUUUGGGGGUUUCCAAUUCUUGAACGCUCACGAAGCAUUGAGCUCUCUAUUCCAAAAGGGAAACGUCGAAGAAUAUAUAGAGCAAUUUGAAUCAUUAUCGGCUUUGGUUCCAGAGCAAUAUGAGGAGUAA